ACACACACACACACACACACACACACACACACACACACACACACUCCUCUCAUCCACACACACGCACACACACACACUCUCUCACUCCCCAGCACCCGAUCCCAGUAAGCAACCACAAGGAUGGCUGAUGAAGAUAUUUGCAAGUUCUUCCUGGAGGGCAAGUGCCGACGUGGGCACAAGUGCCGAUUCCGUCACAGUAAACCAGGCGCAACCACACCCCGUGCCGCGGCACCGUCGUCUGCCUCCAAACGCGCAGCUCCGCCACCGCCGCCGUCGUCAUCCUCGUCCUCCUCCUCCUCGUCAUCAUCCUCGUCCUCGUCGUCCUCUUCUGCCGCUUCCUCCGCUGCUUCGUCGCCGAAGCCUCCGGCGAAGAAGCUCGCUCGCAAGUCGACGACCACAACUCCAAAGCCGGCUGAUGCCGUCAAGAGCAAGAGCACAGCGUCCACGCCCGCCAACACUGAAGCCACUCCAGUUUGCACCUAUUUCCAAUCAGGAUCGUGCACGCGCGGCAAGAAGUGCCGAUUCCUCCAUGUCAUCGACGGUACCAGUACAUCUGGGUCAACUGGCUCCACGACAAAGCCGCCAGCAACCUCAGCAGCACCAUCAACAGGCGCUGGCAAGGCAAGCUCAUUAAAGGCCAAGGCAACGCCAGCAACAACCACGCCUGCUUCGAAGACGCCGACGACAUACAAGAGCAGCGUGCCCCGGUUUUCGCUGGACGAUAGCGACGAUGAUAUUGAGAGUAACCUUGAGAGUGACCUGGAAACCGACAGCGACAGCGAUCUCUUGUCGGAGAGUGACAGCAACAGCGAGAGCGAGCUUGGAUCAGACACGGACAGCAGCAACAGCAGCGAAGACGAGGGGGACAAGGCCAAGGCUGCCAAGGCGCCGGCCAAAAAGGCUGCGUCCAAGACCAGCUCUUCAGCAUCAAAGCCAACUGCAAAGGACGCCACAGCGAAGAAGGGUGAAGCUGUGAUGGAAUCAAAGAAGAAACAGACGAAGAAGACGAAGAAGGAGACGUCAGCGAUGGCAGUUAGCAGCGACAGCAGCAGUGACAGCGAGAGUGAGAGUGGCAGUGAGAGCGACACGGAAAGCAGCGAGAGCAGCAAUGCCGAACAGCCAAAGCAGAAGAAGGUCUUGCGGAAAACGCCUGCUACACCUGCCCCACCGGCCACUGUCGCCCGCACGAGCACGAGCAAGGCGAACGAGACAGCUCUACACCCGCCAGCCACCAAGACACCCGCCACCAAGGCCGGCAGCGGCAGCAGCAGCGGUAGUGAGAGCGACAGCGAGAGUGAAGCCAGCGAGGCUGCGACAGAGACGAAAGAGAAACACAUGAUGACAAAAGGAACGCGCGACCGGCUCGCGGCCAGCACACCUGCAACCAUGCUCGCUGCGAAGCAGGCGACGUCUGCAUCCACCACAGCACCUGCUGCGAGCAAGCGGGGUGCUGCCUCGCCCCUCGCUGGCGGUGAUAGUAGUGGGGAUGGUGGUGACGACACGCCAGCAGCCAAGAAGGCAAAACAGGCCAUGCAGGCCGCGGUUGCCGCUGCAACGACAGCCACCACCGCCAGCAUCACACAGCCCCAACAGCCCACACAACCCACAUGUGCGGUGACACCAGCUGCUGCGCCGUCCAGCACAGGCGCGAAGCCAGCCCCACUCCCUACCGCCACCACCGCCACCACCACCACAACACCAACACCAACAACAGCGCGCGGCCCUCAAGGUGUGCGUGCGAGCAGCAACGGUGGUGUCAGCGGUGUGGAUUACGUUCAAGCGCUGGUCGAACUGACGCGCCAGCACUCGCGGUUUGACAAGUCUUACACCAACAUGUGGAGCCGUCAAGUCCAGGGCGGCUGGCAAGAGGCGCGCUCUCCCCGUGGCCCGGCGGGCAGCUCAGCACACUUUCCACGACUUAUUGGCAUGGAUUGCGAGAUGGUUGAGACGACUGUUUCGCCAAACGCUGUUGCUCGCGUCACCAUCGUUGCACACGGCUACACAAAAUCAGGCACGUUCCCAGCGGAGCCCGUUGUUCUUCUUGAUGAGUACAUCAAGCCGCCAGGUGAUGUGACGGAUUUCCGCACAGACAUUUCCGGCGUGACACAGGAGAACCUCGACAACGCACUCACGCUCGAGCAAGUGCAGCAGCACAUUUUUGAGGUUGUGCACACCGACACGGUGCUGGUUGGGCACUCGCUCAACUUUGACCUUGAGGCCCUGCACAUCCGCCACCCGCACGUCAUUGACACGUCGUUUCUCUUCCGCGUCGCAUCAAUGCCAACUCGCAUCUUUGCGCUCAAGGACAUUGUUGACCGCGUUCUCGACUGCGAAUGCCAGCCGCUCGGCCAGGCACACAACUGCAUCCUUGAUGCGUUUUGGCCCCUGGAACUCGUGCGCUACGUGGUGGACAACUUGUCCACCGUCGGCGCCACUGUUUUUCAGCCGCCGCAGCCACACAGCCAAGGCCGCCCUGUGCCCCACCCCAUCUUCACCGUGGACCUCCCCGAACCAUUCCUCACCCGCAUGGAAAUUGUUGGCCUUCCACCAGAUUUGACGCAGGAGGCGCUGACGGAGAUGUUGCAGUCGCACGGGUGCGAGAUUAAGCCCGAUCUCUACACAAAGUUCAACGCCGGCAACGGCAGGAACAAAGGCCAGGCGAAAAUCAAGUUUGCCUCCCCAGACACCGUUUUGCAGGCGUUUCUUCAGCUUCCAAUUGAUUACAUGCACCAGACGAGCGACCACUCGUUCAUCAAGCAGCUCGUGCUCCCCUCCAAUGACCUGCUGAAGGUGUCCAUCUUUGUGCAGGAGGUGCCGACGUCGCUGCAGAUGCAGCUGCAACAGGCCAUUGCCCAGCGCAACGCCGCCGCCCCUGUCCACCACGGGCCAGCCAUCCACCACCCGUUCAUGGCAGCACACCGGCCCAUGUACCCGCACCCGCACCACCCAUACGGCCACCACCACCACGCCCCACCGCCCAUGCACGGCUUCCCUCACCAGGCGCGCAUGUCUGCGUCGAUGGCUGCGAACCAGCGCAACCAAUACCCACCAACACCGAUGCACGCGCUGCCCAUGCAGCGGCGACCAGCGGUUCCGCACAUGUCGUUUGGGAUGGGCGCACCACCACACCCGCAUCGCUCCCCGCACCACACGCCGCCGCCAUCACACACGUCAGCUGGGGCAGGCCACCCCAACACGAAGAAGAACAAGGGCUCGCUUGUGUCGCGUAUGGUGGGGGCAUUGAAGCGGCCUGUGCUGCCGGUAAAGAAGCGCGCACCACCAGCACAGGUGCAGUCAUCGGCAUUCUUCUAGGCAACCACGCAGGAGGCUUGAUUGGAUGGCCCGUGUUGUAUGGCUUUGCGUGCGUGCGUGUGUGUGUGUGUGCGCGCGCGCGCGCGCACGUGUGCGUUGCUUGUGUGUAUGUGUGUGAUAUGUCGUUGUGUGGUGUUGUUGCGUGUCCGCGUUCGAGCGCGCGGGGGCGAAGAUAUGGGAUGCGAUUCAUCCAUAUGCGACCACAUCAUCACCAUAUUGCUAUUGCACACUGGCUAUCGCGGGUGGAUCGAAUAGAUUUGAUUGAAGGUAAACUUUGAAUAAGAUGACGUGGGUCCCAAC